GAUCUUGAAAAGUGUGAUUGAGAUUUUCUUCCUCCACUGCAGGCUAAAAUACUGUUUGUUCGGAAAACCUGGUAUUAUAUAUAAUCCAAGCAAGUGUAGAUGUAAAUGUAAGAAUGUAAGUGCAAAGGUAAUUCAAAUAAUACUGUCAUUGUUAAUUCCCACUUUAAAUUCAGUCUGCUAGUACAGUAUUUUGGACAGACACCAAUCAAAUGCAAGUAAUAUUACCAAAAGUAUGUAUUUGUACUGUAUGUUAUAAAGCAUUUUUCUAAAAACAUUACAAUCAGGACUGUAGUGUAAAAUUUUAAAAAAUAAAUAAACAGGAAUGCAAAUCCAGAUGUGUUUUACAUAAUCUCUUGAAAACUGUUACAAAAAGCAAACUACAGGCAUGUCAAAUGUCAAAUCAUAUUAUACUGUAACACAUCGAAUGUAUCAAAAUGUCACAGUCCAAUGGUAAUGUGAUAAGAAUAAUAUCUAUUCAACAUUGUAAAAAGCACCAAAAUCAAUAAUCCAACAAAUCAUGUGAGAACAUGGGACUUAACAGAGUACAUUAAGUACUAUUUUCCUGAAGUUGGGAAAAUCACAAAGGAAAAUUGUUCAUUAGUGACCUUGUACUUCAGUACAACUUUGUAUUGGUAUACAGUGACCUCCUCAUUAGCCACAAGUGUCUGUCAAAUGUUUACAGAAUCUUCAUUAACCACAAGCCUCACAGAAAGAUAACAAAGCCAAAGACAUCAAUGGCUAAGAUAAGAAUAGCUGUACAACUAUUCUGGUUGACAAGAGUCUGCUGUUUACUGUGGACUGGGACAGGGAAACUUCAACUGAAGUUCAGAAUCUCGGCUGCGAAGAUUGUCGCUCCACAGUGUGCCGCUUCUCACUUUAAUCACAGCGAAACAGAGUUAAUAAUUAACCCUAAUUUGGAGUUGGAGGCGACAAUGAACUGCUUGUUCCCACUCUGGAUCAGCUUGAUGGUGCUCACUGGGCCGUGUAGGUGCAAACCACUGAACGGCGUCAUUAAAAUGAGGGAAACAGAAAUGCAGUUCCAAAUUUCGAAGCAAGACUCCAGCGAGGACCCCAGCGAGGACUUAAACCUGGGCGGCUUGUUAGAAAACGUGAAGGACGAAUUCCUACGCCUCUUGAAUUUAUCAGGAGUCCCGCACGAACACAGCAGGACAGAUCCUCCUCACUUCAUGAUGGAGCUGUACAACAGGUACGCCAUGGAUAAAUCUUCCACACCUCGAUCGGACGUCAUCCGGAGCUUCAAUAUACAAGAUGUCUCCCAUUCGAAGAGAAACAGCAGUGAGACUCAGCACCUGCUGCGAUUCAACCUGUCCAUUCCAAGCCACGAGGAGAUCACCAUGGCCGAGCUGCGGCUGUUCACCUCCCUGGAUCACAGCGCUAUGAACCACAACUUCAUGCAGGCGACCAUUAAGGUCUACGACGUGGAGUACCACGAAGACCAGCCAGUACUGCAUUUCCUCAGCGCUAAAAGCACCGAGGGGAAAGACCCCACCUGGGAGGUUUUUGAAGUCACGGACGCCAUCAAGCGCUGGGUGAAGUCAGGGCAGACCACAAACACACUGGGAGUACGCGUCGAGCGCAGGGACACGGGGGCCUUUGAAGGGGGGGGUAUCGAUAUCAGCAUCAGUGUUAAGAACAACAGCUCGGCAGUGCUGAUCGUCUUCUCAGACGACCGAACGAGCGACAAGACGAAAGACACGGACGAACUGAAGGACAUGAUCGCCCACGAAGAAGAAAGUUUCGUCCUCUCAGAGCAGAAUAACAAAAGCACGAGCUCCGUCAGGGACCAGCCACGGAGAAAACGACAUGCAAAAGAUAACUACUGCAGGAGGACUUCGCUCCGUGUGGAUUUUAAAGAAAUCGGCUGGGAUUCCUGGAUCGUAGCACCAAAGGUAUAUGACGCCUUUGAGUGCAAAGGAUUGUGCUCUUAUCCUCUCACUGAUGACGUCACGCCCUCCAAACACGCCAUCAUUCAGACUCUUGUGAACCUUAAUAACCCCAACAAAGCUGAAAAGGCUUGCUGUGUUCCAACUAAAUUGGAUCCGAUUACACUCAUGUAUUAUGAAAGUGGCAUAUUUACAGUAAAACACUUCUAUGAAGGAAUGAAAGUCGCUGAGUGUGGGUGUAGGUAGUGACAGCAGACACAGCUACUGACAUUGCAUUAACAUGUAAAUUUGUACAUUGAUGUCAUCAACCGCUUUUUCAAUUAUUUAACGUAAUGCAUGUAUAGCCUAUGCAUAUUCUAGAAUCUUUUAAGGAUAUCCCAUUACUGAAAAAGUGUAAAUAUUCCAAUUUAAUACAUUUUCAAAGACUAUGGGUUAAUUUUGUAAAGUGUUUUGAAGAGCUGACCUAUGUGCAUGUUAAAGAGAAUAUAAAGGCAUCUGUUAAUAUGAUUAUUAUUCAGAAAUAUGCAGAAUGUUUGUCAGUAUAUGACAGGCCUCUUGUGACACUGCGUUCUCAUCCUUACUGGGUGAGAACAUGUAUGUGAGGUAGAGAGAUGUAGCAUCAAGAAAGUCUUUCACCUGUUGGAAAAACCUGUGGAAUGAGGCUCACCUGUCGGGGCGAUUUACACUCCACACGAGGGAAAGGAUAAACUCUGUGUGGAACUAGCCACUUCCUCCGAAUGUUAAUUACUCAGUCAGGAGAGCCUUAUAAUGCAGGUUUUGCCAAUGAACAGGUGACCCCAACGUUCUUAAAGCCACCUCUCACGAGCUCACAGUGUACCUGAAGGAGUCAAUUCAGUGUCUGGCGUCGCAUGUUUGUGUGGUAUACCCAAGUUUUUUAACGAGGAGGAAUUGUGUAAAGUAUGGCAGCUGUAGUAGUUAGACCCUUGUGGUCCUGUAAAAAUGUUCAAAUGGAAAAACAGAAGCCUUUUUUCUAUUAUGUUCCUCAGCUGAUCGUGGAAAAUGUGGCCUAAACUUGUUUUCUAUAAAGUCCACUGUAUAAACUAAAGUAACCCCGA